GCUGUCAGUAACAGUAUUCGCUUAGCCGUGGUUCGUAGGGCGCUGCUCGUGCAUGGCCCCAAUCCCGACUUGCCAAUAGCUGUAAUAUUUUGCAACAGUUUAUUAUUGUUUUAUUCCACCGGUGUGUGUGUGUCUAUUAGUGUGUUAAAACGUGCGCGCGCGCGACAGUGUUAUAAGUAUUAUAUCAUAAGACAGUAUAUCAUAUACAUAAUAUAUUAGUAUAAAUAGUAAAGUAUCGUAUAAUAAGACAUUAUUUUACGCGUUUUAUAUCGUAUAAUAACAAUAGCAACAUAAUAAUAUAAUAUACGUGCGUUUUAAGCGUAUAACAUAUUAUAUUAUUACAAAGUCCGUCGUCGAACUCGGCGCUCGAUAUUUGCCCACCCGGUGCGAGAAAACGAACGGCGCUACACCGCAAUGCAUUUCGUCAACGACGUGUCCAAGUUCAUUUAUAGCAGUCUCAGGAACGAAUCGAGCAGGCUCAGGAGCUAUGCGGUUAAUUGCGCUAACAAGUAUCCAACGAAAGUUCGAGUCGUCGAAGUAGGGCCGAGAGACGGUCUACAGAACGAAUCUAAAAACAUACCAACGGACGUUAAAGUAGAAUUCAUCAAUAGACUGUCUGUGACGGGACUUCAAAACGUUGAAGUUACUAGUUUUGUUUCGCCCAAAUGGGUGCCACAGAUGGCUGACCACUCAGACGUGUACAGCAAAAUCGACAAAGUAGAGGGUGUGUCGUAUCCGGUGCUGGUGCCGAAUAUGCGAGGUCUACUUACAGCCAUGCAACACGACGUCAAAGAAAUCGCCGUCUUCGGGUCCGCUUCUGAAGGAUUUAGUCGAAAGAACAUUGGCUGUGGCAUUGCCGAGAGCCUGGAAAGGUUCGAAGAUGUAGUGUCCACUGCUCUGGACCACGGUAUCAAAGUCCGCGGAUAUAUUUCCUGCGUGUGCGGUUGUCCGUACGAUGGCGCUGUAUCGCCCCAGGACGUCGCUAAGAUAUCCGACGCUUUGUACAAAAUGGGCUGUUAUGAGAUUUCUCUUGGAGAUACGAUUGGUAUCGGCACACCGGGAACGAUAAGGGCAAUGUUACAAGAAGUAAUGGAAAUUGUGCCAGUCGAAAAUUUGGCUCUCCAUUGCCACGACACUUAUGGACAGGCGUUGUCUAACAUACUUACUGCCCUCGAGAUGGGAAUUUCAGUAUUUGACUCUUCGGUUGCCGGUCUUGGCGGCUGUCCUUACGCCAGAGGUGCUUCUGGUAACGUUGCUACUGAAGAUCUGAUUUACAUGUUGGAUGGAAUGGGCAUUGAAACUGGUGUGAACAUGGACCUAUUAUUGAGCGCUGGCAGAUAUAUUUGUGAGGAACUGGGAAAAAGUACGGAAUCUAAAGUGGCCAAGGCGCUGUCCGGAAAAGAAAAACCCAUGAAAUUCUUGCAAUCCUACAAAAGUCAAACAUCGAACAAGAACUAACGGUCUCCUCGACGCCGAUAAAUUAUUCCAUUUCACUCAUUAGCACUCGAAAUAUCUCUAUCGUUUUGAUUAAUUUAGUGAUUAUUUAAUUAUUUAUAUAAGACUGAAUCUAUUAUGUUUGUUGUGAAUGUGACUUUAACGUAAUUUUUUUAUAUUUAACCAUCGUAUAUUAUGGAUAAUUUAUAUAAUAUUUUAUUUUAUUACUAUAUUAUUAUUUUCAUUAUCAUACGCAUUAUACGUGGACAAGUACUCGAUCAUCUGACAUAAGCUUAAUUCGUGAAAGAAAGAUUGGUUUGUAGGCGGCUCAGCUCCUAAAUACGCUCCUCUACAUUAUUUCAUUGAAUUGUGCCCGUUUGUAUUACCCAAGCUAUAAAGUUUAUAAGUAUAUACUUAUCUGUUAAAAGCGAUUUGUGUUUUCCAUCCGUAUAUGUAUUUUUUUAGAAUGAUAUUGUUAAGUAGUACCUAAUAUUAUAUGAUAUAUUUUUAUAAACGAUUAUUUUUAAUAUAUUAAAAAUUAAAGUUAAUAAGUUUUACAUAUUUAA